AUGGCUUCCAGUGCUAUCUUGUUCAUCACAUUAGCGUUCCUCAAUUCCAUUCUCAUCUCCUUGGCCUUUGACCCUAGUCCUCUGCAAGAUAUCUGCGUUGCACCUCCCUUAGGACUCGCAACGUCAAUAUGCAGGGACCCAAGACUUGUCACCGCAAACGACUUCUUCAUGACCGGCCUGGACAGGCCGGGACCCUUCAACGCGUACGGCGUCACCUUUGUCGUUGCAUCCGUACUCACAAUCCCGGAGUUGAACACCCAAGGCCAGUUUCUUAUACGCGCAGAGCUUGCGCCAAACGGGUACUUCCCGCCUCACACGCACCCUAGGGCGUCAGUUUUCUCUGUAGUUAUGACGUCUUCUGCUUCUGUGUCUACCAACGUGCAAAACAUACCUAUGUUGAAUGGGUCAAAUUUCAAGGAUUGGAAGGAAACCCUUCUGAUCACUUUGGGCUGCAUGGAUCUUGACCUCGCGUUAAGGACUGAGAAACCCGCCCCUCUUACGGAUGUAAGUACCGCUGAUCUUAAGCGGGACUUUGAGAGGUGGGAACGCUCGAAUCGCGUGAGUCUUAUGAUCAUCAAGCGCAGCAUCCCAGAGGCCUUUCGGGGCACGGCUUCUGAGGAUAUUGCUAAUGCUAGUGAAUACCUUGCCAAAAUUGAGGAGCGUUUUGCUAAAAACGAAAAGUCCGAGACAAGUACGCUUCUGGCAAACUUGAUCUCAAUGAAGUAUAAGGGCAAGGGCAACAUAAGGGAGUACAUCAUGCAGAUGUCUCAUAUUGCUUCAAACUUGAAGGCGCACAAACUUGAAGUCCCUGAGGACUUACUUGUGCAUUUGGUGUUACUCUCUCUUCCUACACAAUUCAGUCAAUUUAAGGUCAGUUAUAACUGUCAGAAGGAGAAGUGGUCUCUUAAUGAGCUCAUUUCAUAAUGUGUACAAGAAGAGGAGAGAUUGAAGCAAGACAGAGUUGAGGUUGCUCAACUGGCUACUAGCUCAAGCAAUAAGGGAAAGGGCUUAAAGAGAAAGCCUAUUGAGAAUGCUGCUGUGGACAAGGGACCAUCACAAAAGAAGCAACAUAAGGAAAGUGGUUGCUACUUCUGUGGGAAGUCUGAUCAUAUGAAGAAGAAUUGUGCCAAGUACACCGCCUGGCGUGCUAAGAAAGGGCUGUCUGAGCUGCCGAAAGCCAACUGAUGGUGAAAGAUACAUCUAUGUGGGAGAUGGCAAGUCGGUGGAAGUAGAAGCUAUUGGGCAUUUUAGAUUGUUGUUAAAGACUGGAAUUUUUCUGGAUUUGAAAGAUACUUUUAUUGUACCGUCAUUUAGACGGAAUUUGGUUUCUAUUUCUGCAUUGGACAAAUUUGGUUUUUCUUGUUCAUUCGGGAAUAAUAAGUUUACUCUUUCAAAUAA